UAUGCAAAGCACACAAAAUACUAGUAGUUGGUCAUUUGAUAUUUUGACAAAAAAAUUGGUCAUUCGAUAUCAUCUCUGCCAGUCGGGAUUGGGGAAAUUAGAGCCUCGCGUCGUCGACGUCGGCUACGAAAAUGGCAGUGCCCAACAGCAGCAGCAUCUUCAUCGCAAAAUCAGCGCCGUCUGCGGUCUUCCCAUUGUCAUCAUGUGGAAUGAGUGGCGGCAGUAUUGACUUCAAGCCCAGACGGAGUAGGAGGAUGGAAGCUGGGCGAUCAAAGUUGCGCCUUGUAUGUGCGGUUGGUCGCACCAAUACUAGUGGUAAUAGCAAUAGUAGCAGCAGCAGCGAUGGUAGUAGGAAGAAAGCGGUGCCAAAUUCGAAUUAUGUGGUGCCCUUGGAUAAAUCCUUCUCUUCCGCAUGCUCAUCCUGCAUCACUCGCCCCCUCUCAGAAAUCCUGCGUGAUCUCAACAAGAGGAUUCCCGACAACAUCAUCAAACCAUCUUCCCCCGCAACCACCUUCAUCCCCUGGUACCAUGCCAACCGCAUGCUUAGCUUCUAUGCCCCUGGAUGGUGUGGAGAGAUACGCGAUGUUAUAUUCUCUGAAAAUGGUAGAGUCACUGUGGUAUACCGUGUUACCAUACGAGGAUCAGAUGGAGAGGCAUACCGCGAGUCAACUGGGACAGUUUCAUCCAGUGAUGCACCCCUGGUAGAUCCUGUUGCUGCAGCAGAGGAAUUAGCGUUUUGCAGUGCAUGUGCCCGGUUUGGUCUUGGCUUGUAUUUAUAUCAUGAUGAAUAAAUGCUAUAGACUGCAAGGAGGGGACAUUCAGCAUUUCUAGUUAUUGCUCUUUUGAGAUAUUAGAAGAUUGUAUUUAAUGUCCACCCUUCAAACUAGUGUAAAUAUCCUGCAUAAUCCAGUUUGGGUUUGUUUCA